GGAUCACUUGGCGAGAGGUCACCCCUUAGUUGCAGCAGGGUCUGCGUCUUCGACGAGGACAAACCCGCUGCGCAGAGAGGAAGUAUUUUAAUUAAAAUGAACAACUCUACCGGCGUCCUGGGCUGUGUGGGAGUAUUCAUUCUCUUCUCUUCUAGCCACGGUGACGACCAGCCGGACAGCAACUCCGUCUGGCUGAGUAUCGUGCUCGGCGGGCUGAGCAUGCUGGCCAAGGAGACGGGCAUCACGGUGUUCCUGCUGAACGUGGCCUACGACGUGUACCGAAACUGGGCCUCGCUCAAGAAGACCAUCCUGGACGUAAGGUGGAGCGAAGAGACGCACCAGUUUGGCCGCCGGGUGUCCCGGGUGCUGCUCUCGAUGGGCGUCCUGCUGGCCGUCCGGCUCGCACUGCUGCAGGGCUCGUUGCCGCGGUUCUCCCAGCAGGACAACCCGACGGCGUUCCACCCGAGCCUGUACGUCAGAUUGCUGACGUUCUGCUACCUGGCCGCGUUCAAUUGGUGGCUGCUGCUGUGCCCGGCGACGCUCAGCCACGACUGGCAGAUGGGAUCGAUCCCAUUAGUCACAUCAAUAAGCGAUCCCCGGAAUUUGCUCACGUUUAUUGCGUUUUUUGCCGCACUGCUGUUCGUGUACCGGGGCCUGCUGGACUGCGAGGUAAUUGAAAUAUCAAUUAUUAACUGGCAACACUGCCUGGUUCUGGUCUGACGAUGCUGCUAGUUGGAAGCUUUUUGGGGGUGGUUUUCCCGGGAAAAACCUCAACGAUUGGUGGUCAUUGAGAUAGUCCCACCCUCACUCUGCCU